AUGAAACAACAACGUCAAACAACUUAUAAUGAUGAUGAUUUAAUGUUUUCAUUUCGUGAUGGAGAUUAUGUAUCAAGGAUCGAUGAUGAUAGUCUGUUUUUACAACUAUACAUCGACGAUAUAGGUUUAACCAAUCCAAUAGGUGCAAAAAAAGACAAACAUAAAAUGACAAUGAUCUAUUUUACACUGGAAGAUGUUCCUGACCAAUAUCGUUUACAAUUGGAGAAUAUACAUUUACUUGGAAUUUGUGAUGUUAGUCUUCUAAAGUUCAGCAUAGGUUGUUCAUCUUGA